AGCUUCAGAAUCGUAAUUAAAAUUCUGCCAAAUUUCUGUUGAACAGUCAAUCAAAAUUCAAUUUAUUUAAGUUACUUUUUCGAAAACUGUUAAAUUAAAAAAAUUACUUUCAAAUAAACCAGAGUUUAUGUUAGCACAUCAAACAUAAACAUUGAAAAUACCAUCAGCCAUGGCCAUCUACUUGAAGAAAUGUUGCUUUUUCUUAUCCCUGCGAACGGGCAUCAUUUUGCUUGCCAUUUUUCUCAUUUGUCAGGGAAUGGGAGCUGUUAUAUAUUCGGCAUUCUCGGACUUAAAUUUAUGCCUUCGCCUUCUGACUUUAUGGUUCUUGGCUGCUGGUUUUAAUAUUAUGACUGGGUUUUUCCUAUUCAUAGCUACAUUUCGGGAUAGACACAGAAUAUUGCCAGUGGCAAUAGUACUUAAAUUGACUGGCUUAAUUAUUGAAAUGUUUUUUCAUUUAUUUAUUGCAAGUACUGGAUUUGUGGCACAAAAUUUUGUCAUUUAUUCCAUGUUCUCCAUUUGCGUUACAAUAUUUUCAGUAACCAUGAUCUUUUCCUACUUUCAACAAGAGGAAUCGGAUGGAUAAUUUCCCGCUGCUCCAUUAACCCAAAGAUGGAAAUUGAUAGUGUGACUUGAAAAAGAAGGCUAAAACGGUAGUUCCAAGACUCUUUUCUUUUCCUUUUUUUGAUUUGGCUUAAAUAAUCACAGCAUGUAGCAUUUGCCAUGUGUGUGCGAGUGUGUGUGUUUACGAUUAAAUGCAAAAUUUAUUAGGCAAACGUUGCGCAAUCUAUUCAGACACACACACACACACACACACACACACACACAGAUAUAUAGGAAAAUAAGUCUAAUAGCGUAAAUGUAUAUGUAUUUGUAUGAACCUAUAAAUCGUGUGGCAAUUGUCACCAGGCUCAGGCAUUGAGCUCUCGUUUAAUUAUCGCCUUGCGCCUUGCGCCUGGCUGGAGAGUUAAGCU